AUGCCCCGGCCCUCGCGAGAAUCCUACGGCGAACAGAAGCCCCCCUAUUCGUACAUUUCGCUGACGGCCAUGGCCAUCUGGAGUUCGCCGGAGAAAAUGCUGCCGCUCAGCGAUAUCUACAAGUUUAUCACGGACCGAUUUCCGUACUACCGCAAGAACACCCAGCGCUGGCAGAAUUCGCUGAGGCACAAUCUCAGCUUCAACGAUUGCUUCAUCAAGGUGCCCCGACGGCCGGACAGACCCGGCAAGGGAGCCUACUGGGCACUGCAUCCGCAGGCCUUCGAUAUGUUCGAAAACGGCAGCCUGCUCCGGCGGAGGAAGCGCUUCAAGCUGCACAAGAACGACAAGGAUCUGCUCAACGAGGAGCUGACUGCCCUGGCGAACCUCAAUAGGUUCUUCUUUACCACCCGCAACGGAGGCAGUGCAGCGCACAUGUCGCCGCUGGACAUGAACAAUGCGGCCGCCAUGAGACUGGAUCCACUGCCCAGGAGCACGGCACACAUGCCUAACUCCCUGGGUCCAGGUGUGCCACUGCCGCACGUAAUGCCCGCCUCCAUGUCCGGUGCGGAUCACUCGAAUCUGGCGGACAUGGGACUGACCAAUCUGCCCGCGCUAACCAGUUCCGAGAUCGAGGGACCGCUGAGCCUGCGACCCAAGCGAUCCUUUACGAUAGAGAGCCUGAUCACGCCCGACAAGCCGGAACAUCCGUCGGAGGACGAGGACGACGAGGAUGACCGCGUCGACAUCGAUGUGGUCGAGUGCAGCGGUAUGAGCCGCUAUCCCACAACGCCCGCCGCCUCCGAGGAGUAUCUGUCCGCCAGCCGAUCGAGCCGGACGGAGGAUCCCCUGCCGCCGAUGCACACGAUCAACGCCGGUGCCCACGUGCCGUUCCUGCACUACGCCACGGGCGCCAAUGUGGCCGGACUGCCAGCGACGGGAAUUCCCAGCAGCCCCACCACCUACGAGCUGGCCAUCUCGCAUCCGCUCUUCAUGAUGGCGGCGCCCAUUGCCAACAUGCACAACAUAUACUACAAUAAUGUUACCCUCGUCGCUCCGGCGCAGCAAUAUCGGAGCCCCGAGGUGCAGAAUAGAAUAGACAACGAUAUGCGUACGACAUAG